AUUUAAAACUUACAACACAACCUUGUGAUCAUUUUAGCUAAUAAGAUUGAAGAUGAAUGAAGCAGAAACCUUAUUUAGUGAGAUUACAGAUUGAGACUUCUGACGUUCAUAUAGAUAGAUCUAAGACAUGAGAAAAUGUUGUCAGGCCAACUUCAAGGUCGGACCCCUUCAACCUGCCACCUCUGUCUGCCUUAGUUUUCACACGUGUCACAUUCGUUUCUGAUCUCCUUCCUGUCACAUCAGCUGAUGGCGUGCGUCACUCAACCUGCUGUUCAGAACACACCUGUCAAACCUAGUCGACAGAGACUGAGGAAAACGAUUCCUUGGUUUCCAAGCGUCUUUAAUUUAAACACAGCGUCAGUAAGUCAGGAGGGUGUUUGUAGUCUGGUGUUUUCAUAGUGUCACGCUCUGUGAGCUGUCAGUUAGCUUCAUUCAGGCGGAAGUAGGAGGAUGAGAAGGAGGGUGGGAGGAGAGAGGCGAGACGGGUGCAACGCCCCACCCACAUUCUGACCCUCUGCUUCAGGGAACGGAGUCCUAGGGAAGUAGGGCUCCUCUUGUGUGACCGGUAGACGGUUGUAAACCCAGCCUUUGAGACUUUGCAGCGGUGUCCCGCGUUUCAAAACUGGAAUGAGGUCUCACUUGCUGUGGUUUUUCCACAUUUUAUUUGAACAGUGUAGCAGACCUGUGUUAAACUUUAGAGACAUGUCAACGUUUAUAUGCUUUAUUUUAUGUCAAAGCCCUGUUAGUUUAUAGUUUAUUUACCCCACGUUUGCUAUGCAUUUCCUGCUUAAUAUUGUUGAUUUUAAAUCUUAUGUUUUUUUUGCCUGCUUUUCUCAAUUGCAGAUUUAAUAGCUUGGGUUUCAUCAGGAAACAUUUAUCCGACUGCCAACACCCUCCAAGCCGCUCAUACAGUACCGGGCCCUCCAGUGUAUUUAGUUACAGUACCAGGCCCUCCAGUGUAUUUAGUUACAGUACCAGGCCCUCCAGUGUAUUUAGUUACAGUACCGGGCCCUCCAGUGUAUUUAGUUACAGUACCGGGCCCUCCAGUGUAUUUAGUUACAGUACCGGGCCCUCCAGUGUAUUUAGUUACAGUACCGGGCCCUCCAGUGUAUUUAGUUACAGUACCGGGCCCUCCAGUGUAUUUAGUUACAGUACCGGGCCCUCCAGUGUAUUUAGUUACAGUACUGGGCCCUCCAGUGUAUUUAGUUACAGUACCGGGCCCUCCAGUGUAUUUAGUUACAGUACCGGGCCCUCCAGUGUAUUUAGUUACAGUACCGGGCCCUCCAGUGUAUUUAGUUACAGUACCGGGCCCUCCAGUGUAUUUAGUUACAGUACCGGGCCCUCCAGUGUAUUUAGUUACAGUACCGGGCCCUCCAGUGUAUUUAGUUACAGUACCGGGCCCUCCAGUGUAUUUAGUUACAGUACCGGGCCCUCCAGUGUAUUUAGUUACAGUACUGGGCUCUCCAGUGUAUUUAGUUACAAUACCGGUACCGGGCCCUCGAGUGUAUUUAGUUACAGUACCGGUACCGGGCCCUCGAGUGUAUUUAGUUACAGUACCGGUACCGGGCCCUCGAGUGUAUUUAGUUACAGUACCGGUACUGGGCCCUCCAGGAUAUUUAGUUCCAGUACCGGUACUGGGCCCUCCAGGAUAUUUAGUUCCAGUACCGGUACUGGGCCCUCCAGGAUAUUUAGUUCCAGUACCGGUACUGGGCCCUCCAGGAUAUUUAGUUCCAGUACCGGUACUGGGCCCUCCAGGAUAUUUAGUUCCAAUACCGGUACUGGGCCCUCCAGGAUAUUUAGUUCCGGUACUGGGCCCUCCAGGAUAUUUAGUUCCGGUACUGGGCCCUCCAGGAUAUUUAGUUCCAGUACCGGUACUGGGCCCUCCAGGAUAUUUAGUUCCAGUACCGGUACUGGGCCCUCCAGGAUAUUUAGUUCCAGUACCGGUACUGGGCCCUCCAGGAUAUUUAGUUCCAGUACCGGUACUGGGCCCUCCAGGAUAUUUAGUUCCAGUACCGGUACUGGGCCCUCCAGGAUAUUUAGUUCCAGUACCGGUACUGGGCCCUCCAGGAUAUUUAGUUCCAGUACCGGUACUGGGCCCUCCAGGGUAUUUAGUUCCAGUACCGGUACUGGGCCCUCCAGGGUAUUUAGUUCCAGUACCGGUACUGGGCCCUCCAGUGUAUUUAGUUCCAGUUCCCGGGCCCUCCAGAGUAUUUAGUUAACAGUUUGUUCAGGUCCACCGUCACCCUGCUUAGGAUCUUGAUGCUCUCCUCUCCUAAUUAUUUUCUGUUUGAUAUCUCAAGAACGCCAUAUUAUUUGAUUCUCUGGGGACAAGGUGUUCUCUUUACUUAUGAAUAUACUGUAGAUCAGGGCUCUGUUCCUGGAGAGCUACCGUCCUGUAGGUUUAUACUGAAACCCUGUUCCUGGAGAGCUACUGUCCUGUAGGUUUA